UUUUGUAAUCAGGUAAUGAGACGUGGGAAAUUGCCACUUGUUGAGCAGAUAAGGUGGAGUUUAGUUCCUUUAGAAGUAGUGCUAGAAAAUGCAGCUGUCUUUCUUUUUAUUUUUACCCCAGGGAUCAGAAAGCAUAUUACCAGCAUGAAGCUGUUGUUCCUCCUUUUGUGCUUUUUCUUUUCUCUCUCUUUAGCAAAGGAUGGAAAGGUAGAAAAAGGUUCCAAAGUCAAGAAGCACAAGCCUCCUAAAAUUAAAGAGGAGAAUGAUGUUCUUGUUCUCACAGAUUCAAAUUUUGCCAGAGCCCUCAAAGACAAUAAGUAUUUAUUGGUCAAAUUUUACAUUGCUUUAUCCGGCCCUUCACAAACCGUUAAAGAAGAAUUUUCCAUAGCAGCAGGAAGUAUGAAGAAAGACUCAUCAGAAAUAAGAUUUGGUCAGGUUGAUAUCACUCAAGAAAAGGAACUUGGAAAAGAGUUUAAGAUCAAAGAAUUUCCUACAAUAAAGCUCUUUGUGGAUGGCGAUCGGAAAAACCCUACUGAUUGCAAAGGGGUGAGAACUGCAUCUGCAUUUGUUACCUGGCUGAACAGAAGAAUGGGACCCAGCUCUCUUUACAUUAACAGCACGGAUCAGUAUGAAGCUUUUGUUAUGUCAGAUAAAGUGACUGUUGUUGGCUUCUUUAAGGAGCCGGAGAACAAGAAAGAACAUUUUCUUGAAGCUGCCAAGGAUAUUCCUGACUUUCCCUUUGGACUGAUCAGCAACAAUGAUAUAUUUUCGCAUGCUGGAAUCACUACAAAUAUGGUUGCAGUGUACAAAAAGGACAGUCCUACCAACUAUUUAAUACCAGAAGAAGAAAUUGAAAGCAAGGUGGACCUAGUGAAAUUGAUCCGAACCUACAUCAUGGACGUGGUGACUGAGUAUAAUUUAGAGACUCAGGUCACUAUUUUCGAUGUCCCUGUUGACAGUCACAUUCUGCUCUUCACCUCCAAAACCUCUCAAUUAUUUGGUACAAUUUAUGAAAAUUUUGAGUCUGCGGCACUUGAAUUCAGAGGAAAGCUUGUCUUUAUACUCGUGGACACAGACGAGUCUCGGAAUGGGCGUAUCUUUGAGUAUUUCCGCAUCACAGAAGUUGAUACACCGGCAGUUCGUAUCUUAAACUUGACCACUGAUGUGAAGUACAGAAUGCCAGCUGAUGAGGUUAGCUUUGAAAAUCUGAGACGUUUCUGUAGGAGUUACCUGGAUGGGAAAGCCAAGCCAAAAAAAGAAAGCGAAGAAAUUCCUAAAGACUGGGACAAAAACCCUGUAAAAUUGCUUGUUGGAAAAAACUUCAAUCACGUUGCGUUCAAUAAGACAACAAAUACAUUUAUCAUGUUUUAUGCACCAUGGUCUCAAGAAUGUAAGGAUUUAUUCCCAAUCUGGGAAGAGUUAGGGAUGACAUAUCAGAAUCAUAAAAAUGUGACUAUUGCCAAAAUAGACUGCGCAGCCAAUGACAUUCAGCUGAUGGUAUUGGAUCGCUACCCCUAUUUUCGCUUCUUUCCUGCUGGAUCAAGUACCCAGUCCAUUCGUUACACUGGGGAGCGGACACUUUCAGCCUUCAAAGAAUAUCUGGAAUACGAACUGGAAUCUAGAAACACAGAAAAAGAGGAUAAGGAAACUUCUGCUACAAGGAACACAGAAAAUGAAGAGAAAGACGAUGAAAAGACGGCAAAGGAAGAGCUUUAGCUGGUUGCACAGACGUCAUUUGUGGUCGUCACUAUCAACUAUUAUGAAGCAACUGAGAUUUUGUCCUACUAAAAGAAAUUUAUCACAGUUCAGCUUUUUUUUUUCUUUCAAUUCUAUGGGCAGCAGGGCAAGUUUUUCUAAUAGCGGUGGCAACUACAGUAUAUCUCCAACGAAUCAAGAUGAUCAUGUUCUUAAUCGUCUUUUUCCAGAUUGUGUAAGAGUUUGCGUAAAGAUUAUUUAUCAUCUUGACCCCUACAUGCCCACCACAGCGUCGGUGACUGCCAUUGAUGGUUAAAUAAUGGCAAGGUUGGUUUACUGGAAUAAUAAAGAUGUUCAAUAAAGCUGUGACAGACCCUCACCCAUCAAAA